AUGUUUGAGCUUCCUGACGCAAAGAGAGUCCGGCGAGAAGACCUCGGGGAGUCGUCCGACGAUGAAGGAGCGGACCACGACGAGCAGCAAAAUGCGGACCUCCUGGCGAAGCUGCAUGCCCGUAUGGCGGGCAUGCUCGACCUAGGCGACGACGCCGACGCCGACCAGACUUCGACAGAAACGACCGAGCAACCAGCAGCAGCGACGACGGACGGAGAAACGGGCAAAGAUGGCGGCGGCGGAGACGAUGAGCCCGAAGAGUUUGAGUUCCGCCUCUUCACCACGUCGAACCCGGCGACAAAGAUUGCGCUGAUCGACGAGGACGAGCGCGCGAUGGCGGGCGACGGAGCCAUGAUUCGCAAGAGGCCGCUGUCGUACUACAUCGCCGGGGAGCCGACGCACGAAGUGAAGGCGGAGCUCGCUUUCGCGGCGGUGUCGGGCGAGGAGGUUCUUGAGAGGGCGCAGAGGCGGUGGUGGGGGAUGGAGCAGCCUUGGCGGGUGAAGACGAUUCCCGGUACCAGGGUAUCGUCAAAGGGAACAGCAGGAACAGCAGCAGCAGGAGGAGAUGCUGGGAAGACAAAGGAGGAGGCAGACGCGGCGGCGGCGAGGAGAAGGCGGCCAGGGAAGAAGAAGCGUCUUGCGAUACGGGUUAAGCAGCGGGAGAGGGUGAAGAAGGCCGAGGAGCUGGAGAAGUUCAAGGCCGGUAAGGAGGAGGCGCUGAAGGAGAAGAAGAAGAGGCUGAAUCGGUUGAAGAAGCUAAGGAAGAGGGCCAAGGCGAAGGAGGGGAAGAAUGGGGGCGGCGAGGGUGGUGGUGAUGGUGGUGAGUCGGGAUCUGGAUCUGACGGUGAUGAGUGA